AUGGGAAGCAAGGACAAGCUGAGCAGGCUGAAUAAAGGCAAUGCUAGGGUUUCUGGAGACAUUGAUGAUAUAUUUUCGGAGAUUGGCAAUAGUAAGGAAAAAGCAGUAGAGUCGAAGACACAUAAAGCAUCAAGGCAUGACUUGCGCGAUGAAAAUGAAAUGUCUGAUGAAAAAACGUAUUUUUGCACAGAGCGCGACGGUAGGAGAUACCACGAUGGGCUUCCUGUGUACACAAUCGAGGAACUCCAGCUCAAUAAUGAAGGAGGAGAUACAGAGAACUGCCCCAUAUAUUGUGAUUGCUGCACUUAG